GUCUUCAAUUUCGACUGCAAUUCCUCCUCCUUCUUCUUCUGCGCUGCGAUAAAUUCAGACCAUCGAUCCGGUCUUGCCCGUUCCGACGUCGUAUCGGGACCUGCCUCGGCGUCCGCUCGUUACCCGGCAGCAAAAAAUGCAAACUUUGGCGGCGAACCGGCCCUGCUGCAGGUUCCACCGAACCCCGGAACCGCCGUCUUCUUCCUCGCCGGCCGCCAAGAGUUCCAGCUUCCUUGGAGCUCAUGUAUCGAUGUUGAAGGGGAUUGGUCCGUUGCCGCGGGCAUCGUGCGGGUUCGCGCGGGUUCGGGGUCCUGCUCCGGUGCGAAGACAAGUUGUGAAGGCCGUUGCUACACCCGAUUCAACGGUGGAACUUCCACUGACAGCAGAGAAUGUCGAGAGUGUGCUCGAUGAAAUCCGACCAUAUCUAAUUUCUGAUGGGGGUAAUGUUGCAUUGCAUGAGAUUGAUGGCAACGUUGUGAGGUUGAAGUUACAAGGAGCAUGUGGUUCUUGUCCAAGUUCUGUAAUGACAAUGAAGAUGGGCAUUGAGCGUCGUCUGAUGGAGAAAAUUCCUGAAAUCGUUGCAGUGGAACCGAUAGCAGAUGAAGAAACUGGCCUUGAGCUGAAUGAGGAAAACAUAGAGAAGGUUCUUGAAGAGAUAAGGCCAUACCUUGUUGGUGCAGCAGGUGGAUCACUUGAGCUAGUGGCGAUUGAAGAACCAAUAGCUAAAGUUAGAAUCACUGGUCCUGCAGCCGGGGUCAUGACUGUUCGAGUUGCUGUCACGCAAAAGCUACGAGAGAAAAUUCCAGCCAUUGCAGCUGUCCAACUUCUGUAAUGUUGUUGGGUAAUGAAAGGUGUAAAGUAUUUAAUUCUUCUUGUAGAAACGAUUUUUAUCAUUAGAGGCAUACGCAAAUAAUCUGUCUGCAAUUUCAAAGCUCACCUGAUCAGUGCAGUAAAUUGUGUACAGUUUUGAGGAGUCCUCUAAUAUGAAGCAGAGAUGGAUAGUCGUUGGUGUAGCUGCAACCCACCUUGCGCUGCAGCAGGGGUUGAUCCUCUGCAUCCAACUUCAUGAUUGUAUUCCAGGUUGAACACAAGCUCAAAAGGUUGAUCUAUUCGGGAAUUUUCUCGAGUUAUUGCCUUAAAAUAAACAACAGCGAGAUUUUGAAAGUGAA